AUGUUUCAUCAAAUUCAGAAAGAUUUAAACAGAAUGACAUUACUUUAUCGAAGGCCCGAAAUGGUUGCAAUGUUUGAACGAAUUCUAUUUGUCUGGUCUAUGCGACAUCCAGGAAUUGGUUAUGUACAAGGUAUCAAUGAUUUGUUAACUCCAUUCUUCAUUGUAUUUUUAUCAGAAUACACUCAUGUUGAUUUAAAUACAUCAGGUGAAUUAAGCCUACAUUCGGAUAUCACCUGUGAACAAUUGAAUUCAGUUGAGGCUGAUGUAUUUUGGUGUACAUCACACCUAUUGGAUACAAUACAAGAUAAUUAUACAUUUGCUCAACCUGGCCUACAAAACAAUGUAAAGAUGUUGGCUAGUCUAAUUGAACGUGUUGAUACUAAAUUAUAUCAACAUUUUAUACAAAAUGAUGUUGAAUUUUUGCAAUUUGCUUUUCGAUGGAUGAAUAAUUUAUUAAUACGUGAAUUACCAUUACGUUGUAUUAUACGUUUAUGGGAUACUUAUAUGUCAGAAAAUAGUGGAUUUUCAAAUUUUCACGUUUAUGUCUGUGCAGCUUUUCUAUUACAGUUUUCUAAUGAUCUUUGCCGUGAACAAGAUUUUCAAGGUAUUAUGUUAUUAUUACAACAUUUACCAACAUUUCAUUGGACUGAUGAAAAUAUUAAAUUGGUACUGGCUGAAGCGUUUCGUCUUCAUUCAUUAUUCAAUUCAGCUAUGCAUCAUUUAGAUUUUCGACGUCAUUCGGAUUUAGAUUAA